AUGAAGGAAACAAAUUCAUUGGAAGAUAAGGGUGGCGUAAUGAUAGGAAAUGAUGUUCAUAGACUUUUAUUUUGCGAUAAGGAAUCACCAUUGCCGGCGAACACCAACUUGUACGUGAAAAGUAAAGACAACCCAUUUGCAGAGGCCAUCUCUGAUCCGCUCUACAAGCUUCAUCUCCGAGAAACCUUGGAGUUCGUGAAGUCGUUUCCUAUGUCACACAAAAACGUCCUCGACGUUUCUUCUCAGAGAAGAACAAGAGUAGAAGGUCCUUCAACCCCAGGAAGACCCAUCCUUAGCUUCAGAAAGAGCAAUGUUUCUUCGAAAUGGGAAGACGCAGAGAAAUGGGUCAUGGGCAGCGAUGGCUCCCCUGGUUGCACAACAAAGGCAUUAGCAAUAUCAUCAUCAUCUUCAGCGUCCUCCAAUAUCAGAACAUCAUGUGACAACGUCUUCAAGGUACGCAACACUGCCGAGGAUUUCUCGGAGAAACCGAGGGCCACACAGCAAAAGGUGUACAGAACUGUCCCAAGAUUUCAAAUUUCUCCUGCAACUUUGGACCACCAUGAGGUCCCUUCCCCAACAGACAUAGUGCUAAAAGACAAGUUUACAGACAAGAAAGGGUCAGGUUUUCCUAAUUUCAGAGACAUUGGGACAGAGACGACUCCUGUAGGAAGCUCCACAACUUCAAGGUGUGACAGACCAUUCAAGAGCUCAUCUCCUGCUCGCCAUAACACUCCUGCAAGUAGGGCUAGUCCAAUGGCUUCUCAAAACCCUAAUUGCAGUAGCAACAUUAGCAGUUGUACUAGUGGCCUUAUUCAGCUACAGGACUGUCAUGUUGCCAAGCUGCAACUGGGAACAAAGUUCGAUACCACUGUGUCGAAUUGGAGCUCAAGGGAAGAGGAAGAGGAAGAAGCUUCAAAGAGCUUGAGACAUCAUGCUAACCAAACCCAGAAAGCUCGUUCAGAUUCCAUAACUGCCGCUUGGGAAGAAGAGGAAAAGACAAAAUCUUGUCUCAGGUAUCAGAUUGAAGAAACGAGGAUACGAGCUUGGGUAAACCUCCAAAGUGCUAAAGCAGAAGCUCAAUCAAAGAAGCUUGAGGUGAAAAUACAGAAGAUGAGAUGGAAGCAGGAAGAGAAACUGAUGAAGAGAAUGGAUGUGGUGAAGAGGAGAGCAGAAGAAUGGAGAGAGGCAGCAAGAGAGCAGCACACGAUGGAGAAGGCAAAUGAAGAAUCUCAAAACAUAUUGAAGAAUCCAUUUUCAAGUCGUCCUACUUCAUGUGGUUGUCUUCCAUACACUAGUAUGAUGCAAUCAAAGAUAUGGAAGACUACAAGUCUAUUCGCAUCGUAUCAGAAAGACGCAUGGGAGAGUUACGUGAAAGUGGAUGCACGUAAAGUGUUUAGCAGUUCAAAUGGCAUCCGGCCUUUUCAGACACCAGAUCAGACACAUGCGAGUUUGCGGAUGACGCAGACAAUACAGAAACAGAAUCCCAGAGAGAACAAAAGCGAAGCUCUAAGUUUAACUGCUUUUGGCUCUUCAGAAUCUUUCUGUUUGAUGUUGCAGAGGACCAGACCUGAUUCUAUGUCGUGUGUCCAAUCUUACACUCAUUUAUUCCACUUUCAAUCUCAUCACUGCACGCCUUUCCAAAUGCAUGCUCAAAUUAACUACACGUCCCGAGUUUUGUCUCAGAGAACCGAGUACAUGUCCUCGUCAAACUGA